AUGUCAACUUUCCUUCACUUAGACUUUAUACUCAAGGCGAAUCAGGAGCAACUUGUUGCCGUCCCCGAGGAAAUCUCUCAUGCGCUGAGAGAAGUGGACAGACAAGCUGGUGUGGCAGAGAAGGCCGCAGACGCUGCAAUUCACCACGAUGAACAGGUCGAUCAGGCCCAGCAGCAACUACCUGCUCAGGAUGUCGAUCCUCUCGCAGAGGGACUUCGAGUAGUAGUCUUGGCGAGGUUGCAGUACGAUCGGCAGACGAAAGCGGAACGCGUUGCCCCGGUUCUUAUGGCUAACAUGACCAUUGCAGAGCCUCAUGACCGCCGCCAGAAACCGUCUGCAGGUAGGCUCUGUGAGGAGGUGCUACAGGGCAAGCGCAAGCGCGACAGAGAUGACAGCUUCGUGCGCGUGCGGCCGUCACUCCAGGUUCUCUUUGCUAGGCGACAGGCCUCUCUAACGGAGAAGGUCCGAAAGUUGAAGGAGGAGUAUUUGACUCUUCAUGACCGCUGGAUGGUGCAUUGCGCCAAGCUAGACGAGGUUGCGAAGGCUGCAGCACUCGAGGAAGCUGCCGCCACUGCUGGUAGGACUACGCGGCGCUCGGCUGCACUGGGAGAUGCCGUACGAACAGACCUAGAGAUGGAGCAGAUCAUUGCAAGCUUGGGCAAUGAGGAGCUGACUGACGCCAAUCACCUUGCAUCGCGGAACGCUGCAACUAUCCCAGACAUGAUCUCGGUAACGAAGGGAUCGGUCGAUUAUUCGUUCGACGACACCAACAACGCCGUCGAAAACCCGGCCAAUUUCUACACGCCGAAUACAUGCCUCGAGGAUUGGACAGACGAAGAGAGGGAGAUUUUCCUCGAGAAGUAUGCGCUCUACCCCAAGCAGUUCGGCAUCAUCGCCGACUUCCUUCCCAACAAGACCACGGCCGAAUGCGUCACGUAUUACUAUCUACACAAGAAGACGCUCAUCGACUUCAGGAAGGUCCUUGCACGGAAUGCGACUGGCAAACGGAAACGCGGAGGCGGGCGCGGAGGCAAGAAGAAGGGCAAUGCGUUACUGGAAGACAUUCGGAAGCACGAUGCCGAGGUGUCUCGGGGUUCGACUUCCAACGGGCCUUCUACUCGUCGCAGACGGGGGGUGCCCAUAGGUGAGAAUGGGGAGCCUCUCCCUCGCCGCGCUUCGACGAGGAAGAGCGCCGUCCAAGCCGAGAACUCGCCGGGGACGACGCCGACACCCGACCCAGAUCCUGAACCACGCAAAAGACGCCGCGCGGCAAAGCCCACUGCCCGCGCUGUGGCAGCGGCGGAGCAGGAGGUAGACGACGAAACUGCGGUGGAGCCAAAGCCACCGCCCAAGCGGACGCGUCGUUCGCGCAAGGUCAAGUCGGCGGAGACUGUUGUUGACUCGCCACCCAUGUCAGAAGCGCCCCUUUUGUUUAGCGAGACACGGUUCAUAGACCAGACAGAACUGACAGCUCGGAAGAAGACACCUACGGGUAAUGUCCAAUGGACCGAAGAGGACAAAGAGCUCUUCAUCAAGCUGCUGGCUCACCACGGUGAUGAUUUCAAGAGGAUCUCCGCGUCGAUGCCCAACAAGACUGCCAUUCAGUUGAACGCAUGGUACAAGGCGAACAUGAAAGAGUCCAACCUCGCAACAGUGGCAGCUCAGGGGAGGAAACGGACGCCAACCCCGGACCUCCCCUCGGCUUCUGAAGGCUACAAAGAGAUGUCACUUCCUGGCUCGGGCGUCAUCACACCCAGUACCCGUGCGUCAACCCCAAGCGUCGUACAGAACUCCACGUCGUCCACGAAUUUCGAAGCGCAGUUCCGGCUGGACGACCCUUCUGCAGUCUAUAAGUCGAAGUUACGUGCAUCUGCCUCAAACAGCGCCGACCCCGAGCAGAGGCCAUCGAGUCGUCCCGGCUUCGCGUACUCGAACCUGUCGCCGUCGCACUUUUCUGGCGAACAGCGGCUGCCGCCGCGCGGGUACACGAUGCGCAGCGCGAGCCCCGGCAGCGCGCCCUCCAGCCAGACGAUGAUGUUCGAGGCGUCCAUGUUCGCGCCGGCGGGCCCUGGUCUGGGUUUGGGCUUGGGCUUGGGUCUGGGUGUCGGUGGGGCGUCACCAUUUACGUUCGGCGCGUCGGGUGCGGGUGCGGGUACGGGUGCGGGUGCGGGCGUGGAUGCGGGGACGGGGGAUGGCCCGGCGAUGCCGGCGACGCUGCAGACGACGGAGGAUUUGGUGGCCUACUUGGAACAUAGGACGAGGAUCGCUGAGCAGAGGGAGUCGGAUUUCAUGUGA